AAAGAGUCCCUUCCAGCUGUCGGGAGCAUCACUGACAAGCUGCUCGGUUAACAGAGAGCCCUCCCGCUAACGUCCACCGCAUGUCCAUGUGGGCACUGAUCCGCGUGACAGAUCACCGCCUCUAAACCAGCCCUUCGGGUUCAGGGUUUGCCCCUCCUGGCCAGCGCCAAUCUGAGAUGGGUAUAAGGAGGGGGCGGGAAGGUUAGUUUGAAGAGGGCAGAGCUUUGCGAGAGGACGCCGAUUUCCCCCCAUUAUUUCACCGCUGGAGAAAAAAGAAAAUCCAAAGCCAGUGGACAAUAAGAGCAGAGGGAGAAACCCGCCGGACCUCAGACUGAAGCUCAUUAACUCCGGGACACAGAAGAGAAGAGCCGGAGCUCAGCCCUCCUUCCUGCUGGGGUCUUCUGUUUAUUCUGAUAUGGCUGCUGCACUUUGGAAGCCCAAAUCGCUGGACUCGGGCUUGUGGAUCUUCCUCCUGCUCCUCAACAUCCUUCCUGAAGCCAGGGCAGUAGUUGGACACAGAGAGCCGCUGCCUGAUGACAGUAAAGACAAUAUCACUAUUUUCACCCGAAUCCUUGACAGGCUGUUGGAUGGAUACGACAACAGGCUACGUCCUGGGCUGGGAGAGAGUGUGACAGAAGUGAGGACAAACAUCUACGUGACGAGCUUUGGGCCGGUGUCAGAUACAGACAUGGAGUACACCAUCGAUGUCUUCUUCCGUCAGAGUUGGCGGGACGAGAGGCUCAAGUUUGAUGGGCCCAUGCAAGUUUUACCCCUCAACAACCUCCUGGCCAGUAAGAUCUGGACUCCUGACACCUUUUUUCACAACGGAAAGAAAUCUGUGGCCCACAACAUGACGACUCCCAACAAACUACUGCGACUAGUCGACAAUGGCACGCUGCUCUACACGAUGAGGUUGACCAUUCACGCCGAGUGCCCCAUGCACCUGGAGGAUUUCCCGAUGGAUGCACACGCCUGCCCUCUGAAGUUUGGAAGUUACGCUUACACCAACAACGAGGUGAUCUACCUGUGGACCCAGGGAGACGAGAGAUCCGUGGCUGUGGCGGAGGACGGCUCCAGGCUGAACCAGUACGACUUACUGGGACACGUUAUUGGGAAAGAAACCAUCAGCUCCAGCACAGGAGAAUAUGUAGUGAUGACAACAUAUUUCCAUUUGAAAAGGAAAAUUGGCUAUUUUGUGAUUCAGACCUACCUGCCGUGCAUCAUGACUGUCAUACUGUCUCAGGUCUCCUUCUGGCUAAACAGAGAAUCCGUCCCUGCUCGCACUGUGUUCGGGGUCACCACCGUCCUAACCAUGACCACCCUGAGCAUCAGUGCUAGAAACUCCCUCCCUAAGGUGGCCUAUGCCACUGCCAUGGACUGGUUCAUGGCAGUGUGCUAUGCCUUUGUCUUCUCUGCCUUGAUUGAGUUUGCCACAGUCAACUACUUCACCAAGCGCAGCUGGGCGUGGGAUGGGAAAAAAGAGGGCAUGGAAAUAAGGGAACCGUUUCAGGCUAACAUGGCCAGGAUUAAAGAUAUGAGAAGAGAAUCCGCGACUUUAUCCAAAAAGGCGAACAACACCUUCAACAUUGUGGGAACCACCUACGCCAUCAACGUCGCUAAAGACCAAGGUUUAACGACCAUUUCCAAAAGCGCCACCGGACCGUCGGCCAAGCACCACCACUACCUGCACAAAAUGGACGACCCCUACACGGAGGCCAAGAAGUCCUACAACCGUGUCAGCAAAGUGGACAAGAUAUCACGCAUCAUUUUCCCAGUUCUGUUCUUCAUCUUCAACUUGGGCUACUGGGCCACAUACGUCAACAGAAAGCCCGCCAUCAUGAAGGCAAACAACCUAAACUGAAUUUGACCAAAUGCUAGGCCUGAUCUGGUUUGGUUCAGAGGGUAGACAGGUUUGCAGGAGGCCAAGUCCAUUACAUCUUAUUGUGUGUGUGUGUGUAUGUGUGUGUGAGCGCGCGCGUGUUUCGUGUGUCUGUUUUUUCUUAAGAGUUUGAUAUUUUGCACGUCUGUUUAGAUGGAAGGCAAAUUUGAACAUACAAUAGAUUCACAUGUAGUAGUGGACCUUGGAGGGAGCACAUCCUCACAUCAGACUGUGUUUGUGUAGCCCCCCCCCCCCAGCUCUGGCCCUGGUCCCUUUCGUGAGUAACCAAGUGUUCCUUUGCUGUGUCUCGAUUGCUUGCCGUUUUGUAAGGUAGUCAGGUUGUGUUCUCACUAUGUUUUGACAUGCUUGCGCUUUGCUUGUAAUAAGUUAGAGCAAGCAUGCGUUUGAAGUUUCCAUUGUAGCUCAUUACCAGCGAUAGGGUUUUGACACAUCCGUCAAGUUAACGACACGCAUGCACACACGCACGCAGACGCACAGUGACGCAUCAGAAAACGCCAGCAGAGCCGUCCGUUGGUCGCUGUACUGUGGUUUGUUAGCCGGGGGCAGCCUGUAUAGUUCCAUAGGAACAUCAUUAAUAAUCGUCUGUCUGGCCUUCAGCUCACGCUGAAUCUCCGCAGACCCGAUGCAGUAUCAUCUGGAAUUGCUUUCGCGUCCCGUGGGGGCUGCCUGUACAUUUUCUAGUCCAGUGGCUCUUAUUGUUUUAACUGGCUGACUGUGUUCAACGACAGAGAAGCUAUGUGCCUUGGUGAAUACACACAUCAUAAAGAAAAAGGUUUUGACACACACACACUUGCAUCUGCAGCACACAUAUGCACAAAAGGUCUGUGUGUAUAUUACAUGCAAACACAUACUGGUGUCCACAGGCUCCGUACACUGCAGCACGUGUACACCGUGCCCCACCCACGGCCCAUGGGCUCAGGGCACCCAGUGUAAAAUUGCCCAUUAGUGUGGAAGGUUAACAGACCUCUGCCUGUGAAAAGAUGAAGCUAAGAGAUUAAAGGAUCCAGCGUAGUCCACAACAAUUAUCACGUGCAUUUAUGUUUUGGCUCACGGUGUGGCCUCUCCAUGAGCCGAGCAGUCAUAACAAACUACCACCAUUACCUCAGACUGAAGUCCAAUUCUGAAUUGCAGUUUAUAACACGUUUUCCAUUGAGAAGUAACACUAGAUGUUUUAUACGUUGAAUCACUCUUGUGUGGACGGGCACCCUGCUGCCUUUAUUUCUUUGUCUCCUCUGCAUCAGUCACUGUAGCCGUUUAGCUCCUUCAUGAUUUUCCUGCCUCGUCAUAAUCAAGAGUUCGGUUCAUGUGGUACUUCUGCCCUUUUAUACUUGAUUGUGUUAAGUAUAUUGGUAUUGAUUUAAUUGUCUACAUAUGCUGAACUGUUUUUGUGUUUUGUGGUAGACAACAAAGGCCAAUAUGUCACAGUCACACAGUAUUUCUAAACAUAUUUGGGAGAUAUCAUCACUGGAGAUGUUGCUGUGAAAUCAUUAAAAAAAACUACAAAAAAAAAAAACCACCAGAUUUCUCCAACAAGAGAAUUAUAAUCUUAGUUUAACCACAAUGAAUUGAUUAUUUUUCAACAAGUGAUGGUUUCAAAGUUGAAAAUCAAAUUUGUCUCCAGCUGUGGUAACUGUCUCCAACCUUUGUUUUCGGUUUGUUCGGUGACAUCUGUAUUUUUGUUACGUGUUGAGUUUGGUACGUGUUUAUACAGAUGUUUUAUGAUUAUGAAGCAAUUUCUGUUGCUGUUUUUGCUGGAUGCACUCUGGAUAUUUUGCAUUAUCCCUAAUUAUGGACUCUUGGGCGACCACUGUACAUUAGACCCCAACGUGAAGUGGAUCUCCUCAAACUGUAUCUUCAGUGGUAAGCUUAUAGGGAGAAUGAGUGAAUUGUGUUGUGUUGUUAAUAACACAAACCAUGUACAGUGUAUCAGUCAUAGGUUAAUGCAUGACAAUCUGUACACGUGUAUGUCUGCAACCUCCAAUAAUGGUGUUUGUCACACUCAAAUAGGGCUUAGUAUCAAUGUUUCUGUAGUUCAUCCCAGUCACUCAUCAAUUUCCUCCUCAUAGCCUCAGCAGCAUCUGCAUAAACACACUUACACUGCAAUUAUUUGUGCAUAUUGAUGUGAUGCUGAUACUUUACGGCUGGUUCUGAAAGUGUUUUUACCCUCAGCUGGUAGUCACAGAUUUUAGCUUUAAUUCAACGCACACACACACACACACACACACACACACACACACACGGUUCUUCAUCCAUCUCAGUUACAAACAUUAGAAAAGGGAACUAUGGAGAUAUAUGACCACACAAACUACAGUUUAGUUCCCACCUCAGAAAACACAUUCAGGUCAAAUGUCAAAGUAACUGCAGGUUCAGCUUUACUAUAACAAAAUGAAGGGUAAUUAUUCUCUUCUCCUUUAUUUCAUUAUGAUUAAAUGUUGUGGUUGGUGGUAACAGUCUCACCAACUCCACUCCUCAAGUGAUUUUAAAUUAUUUAACAUAGAGAACUGACAUUUUUAACCAUUAAAUCUGAUCAAUACACAUCUCAGAAGUCUUAAUCCCAUGUUCAUGUGAACCAUAAAGACAUAUUGUUCAUUUGAGUCAUCCAGAGACAAAAGGAACAACAUGAAUAUCUCCUGGAAAACAUACUUUUUAACUCACAGGAUAAAUCGUGACACUAAAAACUUUUUAUAAAUCAUGUCAAAUUACAAAUCAGGUAAAUUUGUCUGCGUUUAAUUGCAAUAUUUAAUACUUAGACAUAUUGGUCAACACAAUGGGAAAAUAGAGUCCUGCUGACAUUUUCUAAUGAUCUUUAACUGGUAAACUGAGGCGCCGUGUCUCAUAUUCAGACUCGAUGUUUUUUAACAUUUUGUCUGGAAGGAACUGAUUCAUGAUACACAUCUGCUGUGGGUCUUCAAGGCCCGCUGGCUGCUGCUAAUUCAGGAUCUGAUGACACACAGCGCUAAUGUUUAUGUAUUAUUCCUCUGAGUAAUAUGAUCAAGGUACUUUAGGUAAGUAGUCCUACGCCGAGCAUUUGAACAGGAUUUGUGAAAGAACUUGCCUCAAAGACAGUGGGACUGAAUAUCACCAACAAGCCCACUCACCUUUAGCCAGGUGACAUCAUCAGUAUCUUUUAUAACGUGGUCACCAAAGACACAUUCACAUGGUAAUUUCAUCCGUUCGAACUGUUCACUAAUGCAAUGUAUAGGAUGUGAUACAUUUUCAUUCAUCUGUGUAUCCAGGUUUUGUGGGUAACUCAUGAAAUAUUUAUAAAAUUACAGAUCUUAAAAUGUAAAAUUAGCCAUAUUAAGACAGCAAAUGUUCCCCAUAGACCUUAUAGGAACAAAAUAUUUAUAGGAAAAAAAUGUAAAAGUAGUUAUUUCAGAAUAAAUCUAUAUCUUACUAUCUGAAAUGGUUUACCUGAAGAUUCAGAUUUUGAUGUGCUCCAUUUGUGAUGUGACCCUUGAGUGUUUACAACAUAUUUAUUACAUUUAUUAACGUAAGUUAAUACUUAAUGUCUGUGCGUCAGGCGAUCACUUUGAUCCAUGUCCUGAUUAGUUCAAAUUGUUUAAACUGAAUUUCAAGUUUUUUGUUGAGCACAAUGAGCAGGAUUACAUUUUUAAUGCACAUAUUUUGUGUGUCUGUGGGUAGCAAAUAUAGAGGGGAAAAACACUUCCAGAGCCACACAACCACAACUGCUGAAAUCUGAACUACAGUAGAAUCUGUCAUCCAAACUGCUCAGACUGAUGAGUGAAUGGUAAAGAAAAGAUGCAAUAGCGCAAAAAUAAAAGAUGACUGAUCCUCUUUCAAAGAAGAAAUGGUAAUAAAACAGUAUUUUGAAUUGUAUGAAUGUACAACUGGUAUAUUAGGACAGGAGUCUGUGGUAAUUCUGGAUUAUUUUGUUUUAACAGCUUCACUCCUGAGGGGUUUUGAUGAACAGAACUCUUCUGUAUUGUUGCCAUUUAGGUUUGGUUGUGAUUGUGUUUUUAUUUCACGUGCUAAAUCUUUUCCUCACAGGGCCAGAGUUAACUUCAGCAAAAACAUGUCAUCCUAUAAGAUACAGUAUAUUAAGAGUAUAUUACUAUAUGAAUAUAUUUAUGCUAUUCAGUACAGCAUUAAAUAUUAUAUGUUUUAUACGACAUAACCUCUACAGCAUUGAUGCAAAUCUCUUGAUGGGUAGAAAGCCGUAGACAAAUAGAUAAACUAAACAAAUUAUUAAAGUAAGUGGCAACAAUUCUAAUUGCUCAGAAAAGUGUUACUAAGUCGUGAAUUUGUAGAUAUUGUGAAAUCAAUUCCAAUAGUUUUUGUGAAUAUUGAUAUGUCACGUCAUUUAUUUUUACAUCUGAUAAGUACUGCUGUCUUACAUUGAGCUCUGUAACACUACGUGUUAUGGUAUUUUAAAGACGUUCAGUAGAGAUAAUAUACAUUGAGCUACUUAUGAGAUCAGUACCUUGUGUGCACUUUUCAAACCUAACUGUGAACUAGCAGCUGUCUGCAAACAGGAGUUGUACACACUUGUGUUCUCUCUACUGCAAUUUCACUGCAUGUCCCUACGCAUUGAGAUCUCAAAGACUUCCUACACAAAGACGGCUCCAGGAAAGCGGUGGACUUUGUGUUUUUGUCGGGAGGUUGCUCUCUAUAUGCUCAGUGACUGGACUCUGUAUGUUGCCCUCUCUCGUUCAUGUGCUUACUGUAUGAGAUGUAGCAAUUGGAAAUGGGGAUUAAAAAGGACGUUGCAUUUUA